CCCGGCCCGGCCUCCCACCCACCCGAUGAGGCCCGCGCGUUUCCGCAGCAGCAGCAGCAGCAGGAGGAGGAGGUGAGCCUCUCCGCCACGCCAUGAGAUGUCGGGGCUGAACUGGAAACCCUUCGUGUACGGCGGGCUGGCCUCCAUCGUGGCCGAGUUUGGGACCUUCCCAGUGGACUUGACCAAAACCCGCCUCCAGGUUCAAGGGCAGAGCAUCGAUGUCCGCUUCAAGGAGAUCAAGUACAAGGGGAUGUUCCACGCCUUGUUCCGCAUCUGGAAAGAAGAAGGCCUGCUGGCCCUCUAUUCCGGAAUCGCCCCAGCGUUACUGAGACAAGCAUCUUACGGCACCAUAAAGAUUGGCAUCUAUCAAAGCCUAAAGAAACUAUUCGUGGACCGCUUAGAAGAUGAAACCCUGCUGAUCAAUAUGAUCUGUGGGGUGGUAUCGGGGGUAAUAUCGUCCACCCUGGCCAACCCAACCGACGUCUUAAAGAUUCGAAUGCAGGCCCAGGGCAGCCUGUUCCAGGGGGGGAUGAUUGGCAGCUUCAUCGACAUAUACCAGCAGGAGGGCACGCGGGGCCUGUGGAGGGGCGUGGUGCCCACGGCCCAGCGGGCGGCCAUCGUGGUGGGCGUGGAGCUGCCAGUCUACGACAUCACCAAAAAGCACCUGAUCAUGUCAGGCCUGAUGGGGGACACCAUCCUCGCCCACUUCGUUUCCAGCUUCACGUGCGGCCUGGCGGGGGCCGUCGCCUCCAACCCGGUGGACGUGGUCAGGACCCGCAUGAUGAACCAGAGGGCCAUCGUGGGCAGCGUGGAGCUCUACUCCGGGACCCUGGACGGGCUGCUCAAGACGUGGAAGAGCGAGGGCUUCUUCGCACUCUACAAGGGGUUUUGGCCCAACUGGCUGCGGCUCGGCCCCUGGAACAUCAUCUUUUUUAUCACCUACGAGCAGCUGAAGAGGCUUCCCUUCUGAAGGCGGGCACCUCGCGGCGAGCUGGCACUGCCCCCUCCACCCCUUCCCUCUCCUCCCCCCCGGCCCGGGGGCGCCUCGCGGGAUCUCGUGUUACAUGUGUGGGCGGGCGGGUGUGGAGCCAGCGGGUGGUCGGCGGGGCUGGCAUCUUCCAUGAAGGUGGGCCCGGCCGCGGCCCCCUCCCCCUGCCCGCCGUCACCCCCUCGCCCGACUUGCGGAGGUCGGGCAGGGUCCGGGCUGACCACUCCUCUUCUCAUUAAAGUAUUUAUCAA